AUGAAUCAUUAUCACCGGAAUCCUCUUCAUCAAGAUUUCCCUUAUCAGAAAGGUGCUCCUUCAUUUCUGAUUGCUCAUGGUGUGUUUAUGCACUUCCCAGUAUUAUCUCAGCCACAUCUGAUGAACAUUGGUUUCUCGAUUAGCAUCAUGUUCAUCUACCUUCUUUUCGUCAUCCUCCAGUAUUGUGGCGCAGAUUCAGUAUCAGGAGCAGAACUGAGUUUUGAUUCCCUAACUUCACUGAGAUGCCUUUCAAAAGGAUUAUAG